UGUCUGUGCAGAGGACGGUCCCUCGCUCCGGUUAGAAAAAAUGCUACAAUGAGCAGUUUCUUAGACUACACGGUGAUGAGCGGGGAAGGUGGCUCAUGCACUGUCAGGGCUUUUCACUCGGACCACGGGAUUACAACUUUCCAGUCGUGCGGGGCCACUGUUAACAACUGCGGGGUGGAUGACCAUUUCAUGGUGAGCAGAGCUUCUCCUGACUGCGUCUCUCACCAGCCGGGGUCGUACCAGUCUAAUGCCAGCUCUCUAAAUCUCCCCUAUGGGGCCCACCCGGCCUGCAGCUCUAACUAUGGACCCCAAAGUUUCUGCGCUACAUAUAACCACCAUGCCCUGGCCCAGGAAGUAGACACCACAGCUGCGUUCCCUCAGUGCGGCCCACUGAUGUACUCUGGUAACAUUUCCUCCUCCAUGGUUUCUCAGCAUCGCCAUGGUUACAGUGCCGCCCCCCUGGGUCAGCUGCAGUAUAGCCACACUGCCUACAGCGGCGGGCACGAGCAAGCGCCCCCUUAUCCAGGGUGUUCAAACCCGCUGUCACCUCUGCAUGCAGCUCAUCUGGAGGCUUGCUGUUCACCUCUGUCUGAGGGCGCAUCGUCAGCACAGACUUUUGACUGGAUGAAAGUUAAGAGGAAUCCACCAAAAACAGGGAGGUCUGGUGAGUAUGGUUAUGCUGGUCAGCCGAACACGGUCCGGACCAACUUCACAACCAAACAGCUGACGGAACUAGAGAAGGAAUUCCACUUCAACAAGUACCUGACCCGGGCGCGCCGUGUAGAGAUUGCAGCCGCGCUGCAACUGAAUGAGACUCAGGUGAAAAUUUGGUUCCAGAACCGGAGGAUGAAGCAGAAAAAGCGAGAAAAAGAAGGGCUGCUGCCAGCCAAACUUACAUCCUCGGACAGCAGUCAGGAGAAAAUGGACGAUGCAGCAUCCGAGAAAUCUAUCUCAGCCCCAUCUACUCCUUCUCCCACAUCCUCCACUGUGUCUUCCACGGGGGCUGAUCCUUUCGCCUCCAACUGA